UAUUUGUUUGGUAUAUACUGGGGCCUUGAGUUUGAUUCACGAAAUGAACCUAUGACUUUAGAUGUUCUAAAUUUCUGAAGGCUAGCGGACUAGUUUUAAGACUAGCUGAGUUUAUACUGUCGUCAUCAUCUUCCACUAGUUUGGUCUGUGCAGCUUGUUCCCCCAGCUUUUUCUAGCCCUAUUUAAUUUGAUUAUCUUGAACCAACUCACCAGGCUUUCCAUCUCCAUUCUCUUCUAUAGUGCUCUUCACCACAAUUCUCUAACCACCAUGUAUAUGAUCUAUGUCUCAUUCUCUCUGUAUUCCCUUCUCUUUAACAUAUAUUAACCAAUCUUAUAGUACUUAAUUGUACUUUUUUAUAACUCGCUUAACUCUAUCACCAGGUAUGGGUUACACACUGCCGCAUACUCCAGCAUCGACUUGACCAACAUAGAUUGUUCUUAGCUUUAACCAUCCUACCUGUAUUAUUAAAACAAAAUUACUUAACAAUUACAUUCACGGAAAUAUUUAUGUGAUAUUUGAAAUUGGCCGCACCUUCAGUCUGCUGAAAUUGAUAACAAUAUUUUGAUGGAGGAAGGAGCAUGGAGCUUUUUGAUUUGACGGUGCCUGGAUGUAUUUUGGGGGGAACUAAUAUCAACACUUUAAAUUUUGACACACGUUGUUCGUCGCACUGCAGCUUACAAUGUCUUUGGUUACUAGUCGAUAUCCAUUGGCAUGUUUGUAAACUUCGUAACUUGUUUUGAUUCUUGUGAGAGUACUUUGAAAAUACUUGCCUAAUGUGUAGACAUAAGUGAUUAUAAUUAAAUCGGCAUUUGAAAAUGAAAUUGUAAAGGAGGCGUGGUGUUUGAGUGAUUAGAUCACUCGCCUCCCACCGAGGCGACCGGGGUUCGAUUCCCGGCGGGCCCGAACCCGGAUCCUUGCCUGUGGGAAACGUGGCGGACGUUGCCGUGGGCUGUGGGUAUUCUUGAGCCAUUCUCGUCGCGCACACUAAUUAGCUCCACAUCACACGAAUUUUCCAGGCUGACCGGAACGACAUCUGUUCCUUGGGCUGAGAGAUGGGCAGUGCAAGAAUAGAAGUGCUGUGGUCCCCGGUUCAUGCCGACAAGUUCGUCACCUGGGGAACAGAAAUUCAUCUCUACGAAGUGGUUGCCAUCAAAGAUGACUCCAAAUGGUCCGGGGAGCGGCUGUCGCAGGGCACGGGCGCGGCGCUGCUAGCCACCAGCUCGAGCCACCAGUACGUCAAGUGCGUGGACGUGUGCCCCCGGCCCGAGCCCGACGUGCUGCUGGGCGUGGGGCAGGCCAACGGCAAGGUGGCCCUCACGACGUUCGGGCCCUCCGCCUUCGACGCGCUGGGCCUGCCGGGCCGGGAGCUGGUGCCGACGCACGCGCGGCAGUGCAACGCGGUGGCCUGGAACCCCGUGGACCCGGGCCUGCUGGCCGCCGCGCUCGACAAGUACCGCAGCGACCACUCGGUGCUGCUGUGGGACGUGCGCAAGGGCGACCCGGCCCGCCCCGCCGCGGAGCUCUGCAACUCGGAGGCCGCCCACUCGCUGGCCUGGCUGGGGCCGCAGCCCCACACGCUGGUCGUCGGCGCCAGCAACAAGCACAUCCGGAUCUACGACCUGCGCGACCCCGGCCGGCCCGUGAACUGCACCCAGACCAAGGCCGUGUACGGCAUCGCGGCGGACGCCCAGAACGACUGCCAGCUGGCGUCGCACGUGGAGAACCAGGCGGCCAUCUGGGACACGCGCAACUUCGAGAAGCCCAUCCUGACGCUGGGGCAGAGCCGCCCCGUCAGCAAGGUGCUGUGGUGCCCCACCAGGCGCAACAUGCUGGCGGUGCUGGUUCGAGACUCUCCCGCCGUGCUGCUCCACAACGUGCAGCACACGACCGUGGGCAGCGAGGAGGUGGAGCCGUGCGUGCUGGAGCGUGCCGUGGCCGUGCCGGGUGCCGGAGCGGGGCUGGCCUCCUUCUCCUGGCACCCGGCGCACGAGAGCCGGCUGCUCGCCGUGUCAACCUCUGGGACGCUGAUCGACCACGUGGUGCCGGAGCGCAUCACUCUGAACUGGUCGCCGGGAUCGCACCUGGUCUGGACGCACGGCCGCCGCGGCCUGAAGCUGGUCACGGACCGGGACUGCGUGUACGCGCGGCUGGGGGACGUGGGCGUGGUCAUGAAGCGGCGCGCCGUCGGCCAGUACGGGCUCAAGGAGCAGCUGUGGCUGAACGGCGACGUGGUGGACGACGACGAGAAGCUCCGGAGCGUGUGGCACUGGCUGUCCCUGAGCCACUCGCUGGUGGAGGACGGCAGCAUGCGGGGCGUCCCCAGCCGGCUGCCCGGCGUCAGGUGCGUGCUGAAGCUUGACUCGUCCCAGCCGACCAACGGCUGCGCGCUGCUCAAGUCGGAGACGCUGUGCCUGCCCUGGUCGGACGUGGGGGACCCCAACCUGCACUCCACCGUCAGGAUAUACAGGAGCGACGAGCGGGCCAAGGCGCUGCUGCUGUGCGGCUGGAAGUUCGACCGCGACACGGCGCUGGGCUCCUUCCUGGACCAGCUGGAGGGGGAAGGGGCCUUCUCCCGGGCGGCAGCCAUCGCCGUCUUCAACCUGAAGCUGCGGCUUGCCGUGGCCAUCCUGAACCGCGGGGCGGCGUCCCCGAGGGCUCCCGCCGCCCCCAACCUCAACAUCGUGGCGCUGGCCCUCUCGGGCUUCUCAGACAGUCGCAACAACAUGUGGCGGGAGCUGUGCCAGACAUCCGUGUCACAGCUGACCGACCCCUACCUGCGCGCGGCUUUCGGCUUCCUCACCGCGGAAGGAGAUAACUACGAUGCCGUCUUGAACGAGUCGGGGAUGGCGGUGGAGGACCGGGUGGCGUUCGCCCUGACCUACCUCGGGGACCGCCGUCUCGCCGACUUCCUCCGCGUGCUGACCGGCAAGCUGGUGCAGGAGGGAGACCUGGCGGGCAUCCUGCUGACCGGGGCCAGCAGCCACGGCGUGCAGCUGCUGCAGAACUACCUGGACCGCACAGGCGACGUGCAGAGCGCAAGCCUCCUGGGCAUACGCAUGUUCGAGCCCGAGGUGGUGCAGGACUCCGUCAUCCAGGAGUGGAUAGCCAGCUACCGGAUGCUGUUGAACAUAUGGCGGCUGUGGCACCAGCGAGCGCACUUCGACAUCGCGAUGAACACGUUCAGCCCCAGCGAGAAGCCACCCCAGCAGGUGUUCGUGUCGUGCAACUUCUGCGGGAAGAGCAUUUCCGCCCAGAUGCAGGGACUCAGCCGCAACCGGAACGCGUUCGCGCGGCUCGGCGCCACAUCGCAGAAGCUCAAGAUGUCAUCGUGCCCGCAGUGCCGCAAGCCCCUGCCGCGCUGCGCCAUCUGCCUGGCGCACAUGGGCACGCCCUCGGGCCUGCACGGCGACGGCCGUGCCGGCGCGGCGCCCUCCCGCCUCGCCGAGUUCUCCUCCUGGUUCACCUGGUGCCAGUCCUGCCGGCACGGGGGCCACGUCGCGCACGUCACGCAGUGGUUCAGCGAUCACUCGGAGUGUCCCGUGACGGCCUGCGCGUGCCGUUGCAUGUCCCUGGACGCUGCGGGCAAGGUCACGCCCGCCCUCCCGCACAGGUCGUGAGCCUCGUGGCCAGCGGGGGAGGUUCGGACACUCGCUUGCCGAGCGGCGAGCGAGGAAGGAACUUCGUGAGGGGGCUUAGCCCCCUGUGUGUGUGAACUGCGUGGGCAGAGGUCGAGGUAGUGCAGGUUCGCACGGACAGCCGGAGGCGAGAGGGAAACGUGCGAGACCUGAGUGUACUGUGUGCCACGUGGGGUACCAACUCCGCGUUUCUGAUUGUGAGUCGUGCCAGCGUCGAGAUUAAGCCACCCUGCCUCAGAGCGCACGACAACCCGGGGACAAAAAAUUUACGGAUAACCCCUUUUUUCUGCCGGUGUUACCACUGUUUGAAUUUCUAAAGUUGAAAUGCUUCUAUGGAAAAUAACGAAAUGGCUGUCAAGACGAUAAGCGAAGAAUCUCAAAUAUACGUUCAAAGAUAAUUUGCAUUUUGGUUGGUUAACUUUGUGUAGACAUUUCCAUUUGGGAGCCUGCUACAUUUUGCUUAUACUGUAUAUAUAAAUAUGUUCUGAUGUUUAAAUGUGUGUUGUCGAGAGUAAUUUGACACAAAUCUGCAAAGCAUAUUAUUUACCUGCAAAGUCCUUUUAUAGUUUCCUUGUUUACAGGUCUGUGUUUUAAAACCCAUACCGAAAUAACCCCGGAAAGCACGCCAAUACACCAUAGAUAGGGCCAUGAAAAAUGUCGCGGCCAUAAGAGCUGAAAACAGGAAAUCAAUAACUGAACCCUCACAAUUGGCAAAAACUCUUGAAGAAUUUUUUUCUAUUGAAUUAGAAAUUUAAGCUUACUAAUCAGGAUAAACUACUUCAAUGGGAUCAAAUACAUUAUAUUUAUAAGAAAAGAGAAAAAUUAAUUGAAUAUAUUAAACAGGAAAGCUUUGUGAGCUGGAUCAUUUUAGAAGAGAGUCAUUCUAGCUAUUUAGUGACACUUUCAAACAUGUUGAUGAAAACGUUUUAUUGAAUUUCACGUUUAGGGCCAGGACCUACUCAGCAGACUUAUGGGUAUGACCUUAUGACUACCACCAACCUUCAUAGCCAUUGCGGAUAGGAAAAACAAAGGCUGUUUUGUAAUACUUACUCCACCAAAAAAGUGGUAAAAUUUAUGUGCUGCAUUUUUAUGAUUAAAUAAUUUAUGAUAAAUUUGUCUAAAACAGAUAAAUUCAGAACAAUAAAAAUAAAUCGGCGAGCAUUUGUGGUUUGAAAGCAACCCAAUAAGAGAUGUACAAUAAAACAAUAUGAUCUUUUCCCUAACUAUAGCAUGUGUUUGCUCCAGUGGAAGAUGAGUUUAUACUUAAGGGGGUAGUUAUCUAAGUUGUAACUUUGAAAGACCCUGUCCUCCCCAUUUAUUAAAUGGUUUGAUUUAAUGGUAAUAAAUAAGCCCCAAGGCUUUGUUUUUACAUUUUUUUUUGGUAAAUUUACUUUGGUAUGUGAUUUAACAUAUUUUUAAAUAUGAUUUUGUUUUACUUUAUUCAUUAAUGAGAUUAUUGACAUAAUUUUCUUUAGUACUUAGUUUUCACCAUGAUUCUUCUUCUAAAAGCUGAUACAAUAGUUUGGCCUGUUGCUUGAGAAGGAAAUAAGGGAAAACGGAAAAUUCAGUAAUUUUGGGGUAAAAACAUUGGAAGGUGUCGGGCGACUGUUGCUAUGCGCUCUUAUUGGCUGAUAAUUUUGUAAGGUAUUUUUGUGAUUGGUCAAAAGUGAGGUCACCAGACCACGUGAUUUUACGUAGUGUAAUCUUUGUUUAAAAAAACACCUCGCUACGAGGGGGUCAGAAAUUGUAUCCUGCUGUGGUUUUAUGAGUGCUGUGGCGUGAUUGGCUGACAGGCCGGGUGGUAUGCAAGCAGUCUUCGUCUGGACGAGGUACUGGUAGGUCGCGGUUGGGCGAGGGCUCACAGAAGCAAAUAAGUACGUAAGUUAAGAAAGAUUUUUGCGGCUGUGGUGCGGGUACUACCGCAUAUAAUCAACCUUUUAUUCGUCUUUGGAACUUUUGUCUUGAACUUUUUGACCAUAGUCGUCAGUAACAGCCUAAUACAAGGCUCGAGUGAUCACGGCUUUGUUCCAAGGACGUAGUCCUUCGGCUUCUUACCGUAAGUCAUCCAAGUGUAACCACGGGACUUAACUACGAACGAUACUAAAAUAUUCAUCCUUCGGUAAACAGUUAACUGGUUUGGUUCAGAGAUCAGAGAAGAGGUUAUGUACAACGUGUUUGUAAAUCUUACAUGUACUUGUUUGGGUGGUCGCAAGAUGGCUUCCACAAUGACUGUGGAACUUCUACGAGUAUGAAUAAAAAUACAUUAGUAUCUG